AUGAGUUUGCAAAAUUUAAUAACUGAUAAUAGUAGUAGUACAACAACAACAUCGGAAAAAACAAGUGGAGGAUUUUUGAAUUAUUCUAAAUAUGAAGAACAGGAGGAUGUAUCAGCACUUUCUUUUGAUAAUGAAAGAAUUCUUGUACUUGAUGCUGGUGCUUUUAUUAAUUAUAUGAAGAUUGAAAAACAUGGUAGUAAAUUUAUCACCACUCCACAAGUUUUGAAUGAAAUUAAAGACUCUAGAUCGAGACAUAUCCUUCUUACACUUCCUUUUGAUAUUCACGUUCGUGAACCAACUGAAGAUGAUAUCAAAACUGUUUCUAGAUAUGCCAAAAAGACUGGUGACUAUGCUAAUUUAUCUGCUACUGAUAUUGGCAUUAUUGCUUUAACUUUAACAAUUGAAAAGGAAAUGAACGGAACAAAGAAUUUGAAACCUGAACCAAAAUCUCUUAAUAUUGCUGCUGGUAUUAAAUGUUCUACACCUCUUGCAUAUUCUGAAUUGAGAAAUAAGAUGGAAGAUAAACCAGUUGGUUCUCAAAGAAGUGAUGUAACAGCUGAAGAAGAAGAAGCUGAUACUGAAGAAAAGGUUGUUGAAGAGGAAGAAGAUGAUGAAGAUGAUGGAGAAUGGAUUACACCAGAAAAUAUCAAGGAAUAUAAGGAAAGAACCAAUAACUUGAAUAAGGAUACUUCAUGGUCUGUUGGUUGUGUCACAUCAGAUUUUUCUGUGCAACACGUUCUUGCCCAUAUGGGUCUUAACCUUGUUUCAGUUGAUGGUUUCAGAAUCAAAUACCUUUCUCAAUGGGUUAAACGUUGUACAUGUUGUUAUACUAUUGUUCCUGAUGUUGAACGUAGAUUCUGUCCAAAUUGUGGACACGAAACACUUAAGAGAAUUACCUGUGUUAUGGAUGAAGAUGGUACUCUCAAUUUCUACUAUAAUCCAAAAGCAAAGAUUUCUUUGAGAGGUACAAUUUAUACUAACCCAAUUCCAAAGGGAGGAAAAUAUCAUAAGGAUCCAAUUUAUAGAGAAGAUCAAUUGAAAGGAUUUGGUGUCAGUAAGAAGAAUAACAAACUUUUAAAUAAGAAACAAGACGAUGAUUACGAUUUGUACUCCAAGAAUGCUUUCAAUAAGAGAAAGAAUCCACCUAGAAGGAGAUAA